CGAGGCUUCCCCCAUCGGGGGGCGAUCGACGGGUCUUGUGUCCAUCGACGCCAUGUGCCACGUGUGCUGCGGAAGCAUGGCCUCCCAUGGCCUCCAGGCUUUUGACCAAGCGCAUCAAGGAAGCUGCGCGCCUGAAGCAGUGGGAAGCUUCGUUGAGCCUUUUUGCAGAGGGUCCCUCCGCCGAUCGCAGCGAUGCCUUUGUCUUCACCGCCACGAUGAACGCAUGCGUGGCGGCCCGGAAGUGGGCUCUGGCCUUGGAUCUCUUCGCGCAGAUGGAAGCGCACCAGGUGCAGACCAACAAAUACGUGCUGAGCACCUGCAUGAAAGCAUACAACGAGGCAUCUCUGUGGCAUUUGGCAUUGGCAGAGCUGGCCAAAGAGCUCGUCUCAAGCGGAAGCGACCUCGAUGAGAUCCUCUUCGGAGUUUGCAUCACAGCCUGUGGCAAGGCGAUGAAGUGGAUCUGGGCGUUGCAGCUGUUGCAGGAGCUCACUGAACGAUCCCUUCCUCACGAAGAAGGUCGGAAGCUGGCGAUCUUUGCCUGUGAGAAGGCCACUGCAUGGAGGUGCGCCCUGGAGCUUCUCCAGGGCCUUGGAACGCUGCGCGCCGAGCGACGCAGCGUUCCGGCCACCAACUCGGUGAUCAGCGCGUGUGGCAAAGGUCGACAAUGGAUGAUGUCCAUGAGCUUGUUGAUGGAAAUGUCCCAGAAGGAGCUUCAGGCCGAUGAGGUCAGCUGGAACUCCCUGCUGAGCGCCUUCGAGAAAGGAACCCAGUGGCAGCGAGCACUGCUCCUGGUGGAUGCUGAGGUGUCCCUGUCACGAAUGGCCUUAAAUGCAAGUAUCAGCGCUUGUGCGAAUGCAUCUGCCUGGAAGGAGGCUUUGGCCGUGUUUGAGAGCAUCAAGGAGAAGGAUGUGGUCACUUACAACUCCUCCAUCACAGCAUGCACGAAGGGUCGGCAAGCUGGGCGUUCGCUGCGACUCUUUUCGGAGAUGAAGGCAUUGCAAUUGAGACCGGAUCAAGUCACUCACGGUGCAGUACUGAAUGCGUGUGAAAAGGCGGCCUUGUGGGUCGAGGCCCUCCACCUCCUGGCGCAGGAACCUCCACCAACUAUUGUCUUGGUGAACAUGGUGGCCAGCGCCUGCGAAAAAGGUCACCAAUGGCAGCAGGCUUUAGCUGUUCUGCAGGCGGCGAAGCGCCAUCGACUCCGGGCAGACAGCACCACGUUGAAUGCCGCCAUGGCGGCCUGCUUGCGUGGCGAGGAAUGGUCGCGUAGCCUGGAGUUCUUCCAUCGCAUGCAGAGAGGUCGUGGUCCCACCUUGCAUUCCUACGCAGAGGCCCUGAGCAGUCUUCACCAGGCGCAGAGAUGGGAAGACGCCCUGCGGCUGUUUGCCGAAGUGUCCCACCAGAGUGACCGUCACGUGUUGGGCGCGGCGUUCCGGGCGGCGGCGUUGUGCUGGCCAGAGGCUUUGCUGCUCUUGGACAGACAUGACGACAAGCUGGAUGCGGUUUGCAUUCUCUUGAGUUUAGCUGCCCUUGACCAGGCGGGCCAAGGCUGGGUGAGGACGACUUUGGUGGAAAGGCUGACGAAGGAGAUCGUGAGCUCCUUGAACCCAGGAGAUCUCACAGCUGCAGUGGCCACUGCUGUGCAUGGCGUCACCAGCGUCGACCGAGGAGUUACACCUCAGGUGUUACACCAGGCGAGCCGAGCCCUUUGGCAAGUGGUCUAUGCGCCAACGCUGCGGCACUUGGGCCGCCCAGGAGUUGGCCAUUAUUUCGACCCGAAGAUCUCCACGGAAUGGUCUUCCUUGGAGUUGGCCUCCAGAGACGCAACGGGGGGGGGCCGAAAGGAGUCGAGAAGAUCGAGUUUGACCAGGUGAACGAACUGGGAUAGUUCGAAGUCCCCAGCCAUACCCUGCAAUGAAGCGUCAAGAAAAACAAGGUGUUGGCAUAGCCCAAUGAGGAACUGAGUGUGGAGUUCGUUGAAGGCCCCAGAUCGAGCGCGCAGUACCCGCCACGUGUUUGCCUGAGUCACACGCCACAGGCCUUGGUCUUGCUCGACUUGGCGGCGCAGUCUCGCGGUCACGUCAAGAGACGAGACCCGGCAGCGACCGCGGCGGAAAAGCCGAAGCGAUGUCCGUGGCGUGCGGGGAGCGGAUCGAUCCCGUUGGUCCAGCUGUUUCGGAGAGUGGGGAGUGUGAGACGAAGGGUGUCGUCGUGCCCUUUUGGGAGAGCGAGAUUAUAGGUUUCAGUAUGGUUCAGUCCUUUCUCAGACUCUUCGAAGGCCAUUGAGAGGUAUUGAGUUG